CAUGUCCAGCGACCUGGUCACCGCUAGCCACAACGUCACAGGGGGCAGACACUUCGUCCCCCUGAGUAACGCCGGCUUCACCUUCAUCGGCUGCAUGCUCAGCUUCACCUUUGUCGUCGGUUCUUUCAUCAACGCUCUCUGCCUCUUCGUCUUCGCUAGGAACCGUCGCCUUAGGUCGCCGACCAACGUCUUCGUGAUGGCGCUCAAUUUAUGUGACUUUUUGAUGUGUUUCAUUGGUAUCCCAAUGGCCAUGACGUCAGCGUGGUCCCACAGGUGGAUCUGGGGCGCCACGAUGUGCGACAUCGAGGCCUUCAUCGUCUACUUUCUGGGCCUAGCCUCCAUGUACGUGCUCAUGGCCAUCGCCUUUGAUCGCUACAUCGCCAUCAGCAAACCGCUGAUGGGAGCCAAGAUAACCAAAACACUGGCAUACAUCUCUUGUGCCGGCUGCUACUUCCUGGGAUUCGUCUGGGCCAUCCCCCCAGCGUUUGGCUGGAACGAGUUCGACCUGGAGGGCGCUGGCAUCUCCUGCAGUGUCGUCUGGGAGAACCCCGACCCGGUCUACACCAGCUACAUCUGGGCCAUCUUCUUCGCCUGCUUCGUCAUCCCGCUGGGCAUCAUGAUCUAUUCGUACUGGGGCGUGCUGGCCACGCUCCGGUCCCUGAACAAGAACUCAGUCUGGGACAUGAACAGCCGGGUGGCCAAGAAAAAUCUGGCCAUCGAGAAAAAAAUGUUUAAAACUGCUGUGCUCAUUGUGGCCAGCUUCUGGGCGUGUUGGAUGCCCUACACCAUCGUCUCUUUCAUCGUCGCUUUCGCCGGAAGUGACAUCAUCCCGCCGUUGUUCUCCACCAUUCCACCCGUCAUAGCCAAGUGCCAAGGCCUCCUCGAUCCUAUAAUCUACGUGGCGACCAACAAACAAAUGAGAACGGCCCUGUACGAGAUGCUACCCUGUCAGGGCCUCAAGGCCUCCCUCCUCAAAGAGGAGCAGGAGGCCGUGGAGGAGCCGGAGUCUGAAGAGUCAGACGUCGAGGGGCCAUCCAAACCAAAAGGCGCCAAAAAAUCUGACGGAGCCAGGAAACUGGACGAGAACAAGAGAGGAAAAAUUGGCGGGAAAAAGAACAAAGUCCACGCCGUUAAUGUGGAACCGUCUGCAGAAGGCGUGCAGGCUUCUAGUCCCGACGGGUCAACUGUGGUCAGUUGUGUUCAAAUCUCCCAGGUUGGCCCUAGUACACAGGUCAGCUAUACCAGCAAGUCUAGCUGAGGACGGGUUGUCUCCCGAUACCUCAUCUACUCGAUCACGUACCGAAUCAUUAUCGAAUACAAAAUUCAGAACGAUACCAAUACAGUAUUAAAUACUUAGCAAAUAUAAUAUUCAGGAAAAAGCCUAUAUUGAUACCUACUUAAAAUGUAUUGUGAAACAUUACUUUGAAAUCAAGCGGUUGU